CGCAAGACAUAUUUUAGUUUCAACAAUUGUCAAGCGACGUCGAAAACUAAUCAACAAACAAAAUGAACUUCUCCUGGUUGGGUCUGCUCAUCUUUGCCAUGAUUGCUGUCGUUGUCUCCGCUGGCGGAUGCCCCGCACCAUUCAAGCAUGAGAAGAAUCAUUGUGUGACUGACCGUACCAUUAGGGGAGAGUGUCCUCAUGGAUCUACCUAUAAGAUCAACGUCAACAAGUGUGUCUAUGGAGCCUAAAUAACCUACGCAAAUAAAUUUGUUUAAAAUUAAA